CGCGGAGGACUCGUGUCGUCCUUACCCUUGCUGGCGGGCCGUAAAGCGCGGAAAGGUCGCGGACUCCCGCUUCCCCGGAACUUUUUCCUCCCUCCGCCCCGCUUCCCCUGUCCCUUUCCCUGUCCCCGCUCUGUCGGCCCACCGCGACCCCCGGCCGCGACCCCCGGCUGCUGUUGUGGCUCCUGCCUCGCCGCCGCCAGGGUAUUGCUGAGCGCGGGGCCCGUGGGGGCCGUGAGGUGGAAUUGUUUUCCCGCGUUGAAACGUGCUGUCCAUCUGGGCUUUCCUGCUGCAGAGCCUAGCAGAAGUUGCCUAAAAGCCUAGGCCAGUUUGAAUUCUUGGGACCUCCUUCUUUGCUGAGUGAGAGCACAUCUUCUAGUUGCUGGUGGACGUGAUGUUUUACCGAUUGCUGUCGACUGUCCAGCGGCAAAGAAUCAGCCCAGGAUGGCAGACCUGGUCCUCAGCAAGAAGCAGUGCGUCAGCUACCAAAGCUCAUUCUGUCGCCCUGCCUGCCCAGGCACAGGUGGUCGUCUGCGGUGGCGGAAUCAUGGGCACGUCCGUGGCCUAUCACCUCUCCAAGCUGGGGUGGAAGGAUAUUGUCCUGUUGGAACAGGGCAGGCUGGCUGCUGGCUCCACAAGGCUCUGCGCUGGCAUCCUGAGCACUGCCAGACACUUGAUCAUCGAGCAGAAGAUGGCAGACUACUCAAACAAACUCUACAGUCAGUUAGAGCAAGAAACAGGGAUCCAAACAGGUUACGUGAGGACAGGCUCAAUCCAUCUGGCCCAGACCCAGGACCGGCUCAUCUCCCUGAAGCGCAUCAGCUCAAGGCUGAAUGUCAUGGGCAUCCCUUCCGAGAUCAUCUCCCCCAAGAAGGUGGCCAAGCUUCACCCUCUCCUCAACGUGCACGACCUGGUAGGGGCCAUGCACGUCCCCGAUGAUGCAGUGGUGUCCUCUGCUGACGUGGCUCUUGCCCUGGCAAGUGCUGCUUCCCAAAAUGGUGUUCAGAUCUAUGACCGGACAGCUGUCCUUCAUGUAAUUAUCAAAAAAGGUCAAGUCACUGGCGUGGAGACAGAUAAAGGACAGAUCGAAUGCCAGUAUUUUGUCAACUGUGCUGGUCAGUGGGCAUACGAGCUGGGUCUGUCCACCGAGGAGCCGGUUAGUAUCCCGUUACAUGCCUGCGAACACUUCUACCUUCUGACUCGCCCCUUGGAGACCCCUCUGCAGAGCAACACACCAACCAUUGUAGAUGCCGAUGGAAGAAUUUAUAUUCGGAACUGGCAGGGCGGCAUCCUGUCUGGGGGCUUUGAGAAGAACCCGAAACCAAUUUUCACCGAGGGCAAGAACCAGCUGGAGAUUCAGAACCUGCAGGAAGACUGGGAUCACUUCGAGCCCCUGCUGAGCUCCCUCCUGCGCAGGAUGCCGGAAUUGGAGGCUCUGGAGAUCAUGAAGCUGGUGAACUGCCCCGAGACGUUCACACCAGACAUGAGGUGCAUCAUGGGCGAGUCUCCCACGGUUCAGGGCUACUUUGUCCUGGCGGGAAUGAACUCCGCUGGCCUUUCGUUUGGCGGAGGAGCUGGAAAGUACCUUGCUGAAUGGAUGGUACAUGGCUAUCCCUCUGAAAAUGUCUGGGAUUUGGACUUAAAGCGUUUUGGAGUUCUCCAGAGCAGCCGCACCUUUCUUCGCCACAGGGUCAUGGAAGUCACGCCUCUGCUCUAUGAUCUGAAGGUUCCCCGCUGGGAUUUCCAGACCGGUAGGCAGUUACGGACGUCUCCCCUCUAUGACCGGUUGGAUGCCCAAGGAGCCAGGUGGAUGGAGAAGCAUGGAUUUGAGAGGCCAAAGUAUUUUGUUCCACCUGAUAAGGACCUCCUGGCAUUGGAACAGAGCAAGACUUUCUAUAAACCAGAUUGGUUUGACAUUGUGGAGUCUGAAGUCAAGUGCUGUAAGGAGGCUGUGUGUGUCAUUGACAUGUCUUCUUUUACAAAGUUUGAGAUAACCUCCACUGGGGAUCAGGCAUUAGAAAUUCUACAGUACCUCUUUUCCAACGACCUGGAUGUGCCUGUGGGCCACAUCGUGCACACUGGCAUGCUCAAUGAGGGUGGAGGGUAUGAAAACGACUGCAGCAUAGCACGGCUGAGCAAGCGCAGUUUCUUCAUGAUUUCGCCCACUGACCAGCAGGUCCACUGUUGGUCCUGGCUUAAGAAACACAUGCCGGAAGACACCAACCUGCUUCUGGAGGACGUCACCUGGAAAUACACGGCUCUCAAUCUGAUUGGCCCUCGUGCUGUGGAUGUUCUGUCCGAGUUGUCCUAUGCCCCUAUGACUCCAGACCACUUCCCAAGUCUCUUUUGCAAGGAAAUGAGCGUGGGCUACGCAAAUGGGAUCCGAGUCAUGAGCAUGACGCACACAGGGGAGCCGGGCUUCAUGCUGUACAUCCCCAUCGAGUAUGCCCUGCAUGUGUACAAUGAAGUGAUGAGUGUUGGGCAGAAAUAUGGAAUCCGGAAUGCUGGGUAUUAUGCUCUUCGCAGCCUCCGAAUCGAGAAGUUUUUUGCCUUCUGGGGUCAAGAUUUAAAUACCUUCACAACACCCCUGGAAUGUGGACGAGAGUUUCGAGUGAAGUUAGAGAAGGGGACGGAUUUCAUUGGCCGGGAUGCCCUGCUGCAGCAGAAGCAGAACGGAACAUAUAAGCGCUUCACCAUGUUCAUCCUGGAAGACCAUGACACAGACCUGGACCUCUGGCCUUGGUGGGGAGAGCCCAUUUACCGAAACGGGCACUAUGUCGGCAUCACCACUAGCAGCGCCUACAGCUUCACCCUGGAGCGCCAUGUUUGCCUGGGCUUUGUGCACAAUUUUGCUGAGGACACUGGGGCAGAACAGGUGGUGACAGCAGAUUUCAUCAACCGGGGAGAAUAUGAGAUUGAUAUUGCGGGACAGCGGUUCCAGGCCAAGGCCAAGCUCUACCCCUUCAGCUCCCUUUUCACCCAUAAGCGCCGGAAGGAUGAAGUAGAGCUCAACGACUUCCAAGGGAAGUAAGGCCAGGGCAGUGUUGCCUCCUCCCCCAUCAUCUCAGCCCUGGGGGUACAUCAUUUUAGGAGCUUUUUUACUUCCUUCUGAUCUCUUCCCUCUUUUGCCUUCUCUUACCUCCUUGAUAUAAUUUUAAACUAUGUCCUCCUCCUUCUCACAGUAUGUGAGACCUGUCUUGUCCUUGCAUCUUCUCCUCCUCCCUUUGGCAGUUUCCGAUCUUCUAAUGCCCCCCCCCCCCCCAAUUGCCAUGGUGGCAGGGAGUAUAUCUGACAGGAGCAAGCUCCACAAAUUUUGAAAGUGGGUUAAAGUGACAGGCUGAUUUUUGAAUGCUGUGUCUCAAAGCAAGUUAAGCCAGUGUUGUGCAGGCAGCAAAGUUAACCUCCCUUGGUUACGUAUUAAUUUGGGGGGGGGGGGGGUGCCAGAUGUCAGGUCCAGCCUCAUGGAGGAGCCUGUGCCUUUUGGCAGGUAGCACGUCCUCCUGUUGGCUGUGUUGUGGGUCUGGCACUGACAUCUCCACCACAAGGGCGAUCAUCUACCUCACGGACCAGAGCCUUGGGCGGCCAAAGGCUGCUCUGUAACAGGGACAGCGGCACCGUCCUCGUGCUUCCCAAUGAACCAGUUAGCAGACUUUUGGGCCAGGACACUCCUGCUUUGAAUUCAUCUCUUGUUAAUCUCUUUAAUGAGUGAUUUCUCUUCUUUUUAGCUAGUAAACAAGCCACAGUAUUUGAAAGGAAUAAACCAUGUUGCCUUUUUCUUGUUUUUCCCAUUUGAAAGGGUCUGACCACAGAAAACACACAAAUGAUGCGGAGAUUUCUACUAUUCCCACAGUGCUGUUUUUCUUUCAGUUGGUGAAGGUUCAGGCAUGCUACCUUGAUUUUCUCUUCGCCAAGUACAUUUGGCUUUAUCAGUUCAGCCUCACCUGUCUCCUCUGGGGGCAAGAACAGGGAGUGGAAGGUAGUGUGUCAUUACAGUUGAGUAGCAAACCUAGCUGGCUUUGCUGAGUUCUGGAGAUCUGCUGACAUCCUGAGUAGAUCCCCCUCUCAGAGCAGAGUGGAUGGAGCCACGUGGAGAUGAGCCUUGUGGUCCCACACUGGGCAUGGAGGGGAAAGGGGCUCAGGAGCCACAGGGCACAGUCCCUGCUCCAGGAGCAGCGCUCCCCUCCAGCCCUCUGCCAAUAUCCUCUGGAAGACAAAACAACUUAGGUACCACAAAAGUUCCUUGCACACACAUUUGAAGAAGUGGUUGUUUUCUGAGGAUGAACUUGGAUAUCACAGUCCGUGCUGUCUUGUCCCAAAACUUAUUUUUUCCUGGGUAUUGCAAACAAACUGCUAUUAGCGAUUUUAAUUAAACAGUAGCUUCUUUGUCUCAGUAUCUUAGCAGUAUUAGCUUUGAUAAACCUGUAAGUAUAUUAAAAAAAAAAAAGUCCUUUCAUUUUCUGGUGUCUGCCUUUUCUGGCAUUUCUUUGGAGUCUGUUUAUUCAGUUAAUCAGACUGGCCCCUUAUCCCUUUUAGAUAUUUCUUGCCAUUUUCCCAGCUAGACCACUCCUAAUUGAUGAUUGACUUUAAUGUCCAUCUCUUUUGGUGGUUGGUCUUGAUUGAUUAUAGGAUUAUGUGAUUGGAAUUUCUAGUUGUUCUGGACCAAAUGUGUGUUUAGGAUGGAGGAGAAGUGGCCCCUUGCUGGGGAGCAGAGCAGUGAUUCCACAACUGGGAAAGAUGGGGGGCAGGAGUGGGCACUGAGCCAAAUGCAGGAGAUACCACCUAGACAGCCAAAAGGUGUAGGCUCUUCAUAUGCUUCCAUUUUGCCACCCUAGAGUUGUCUUUUUUUUUUAAAUUGCCUUUGUUACAUUUAAUGGAAGCAUAUUACAGUGUUACUGAUGACCAUAGACUCCUAUUUGCUUUGAUUAUUUUUUUUUCCAGAUACCAUCCCUUUUUCAACACUGCAUGGUUGACAUUCACAGAGUUGUCUCUGUAAGUGGAAGUUUAUUUGGGAUUGAACCCCAAAGAAAUUCUUGAUUUAUGAAUUUAUUAUUCUUCGGACUUUAAAUGUGGCAAUAUAUUUGCUGUUCAAGUGUUACCUAGAAGUGUCACGCCACAUAAAAUCCAAAUCAAAAACUAAAAGCCAUCGCCAUAGUUUAAAAUUAGGGAAUGCUAUCAUCACAAUGUGUUAGUCAAAUGGAAGUUUCAUCAAAAGUAUAUAUAACAUUUAGAGUUUCUAAGACUUUGGAUUCUCUUCUUUUCUAUACUUGUUAAUCUCUAGCUAAUCCUGGUUUUAUCAAUUAGUUGUUAGCUUUCUAAGUACUAUAAUGAAAUUUGAUUUCGUGUCCAAAACCACACAGUGGCUUUCUGGUUCACUAGAGCUGGAAGUCCAGGCCCCCUAUUUCCUGAUGUCACCUGCUCUUCCUUCGAGCCACCAGAGCAGUGCUGUUCUUCCUGGGGCAGGCAGGCGUGUGGUGAGCCCUCAGGACUGCUCCUAAGGCCCUGGCAGGAUGGUGAUCUACUGGGGCAUCACUUGGUUUCCUGUGUGAACUGAACCGUAUUUAUCCUUUGGCAUUUUCUUCUAGUUUGUUCCAAUAGGGAUAGUGUGAAGCUGGUAUUCCUGUCUAUCUGGUCCUGAUGUGAGCUCUGUGAACAGAGAGGGCUGAAGAUGACUUUUUUCUGCCUCUAGCUUAAUUGUGUGCCUCUUCUGGCGUCAAACACAUCUAGAAAGUUAAGGAGAGAGGUACUUAAGCCUCACUGACCGCUGGUAUCAGAUUUAUAACAUGUUCUGGAUUCCUGAGAGGCGGCGGCCUCUUGAGCAAGCAGGUUACUGAUAGAUGAGCCAGAGCUGUGGCUGCAGCUCUGUCGGGAACACAGGGCAGUCAGAACGCACUUAUUUGUGUGUCAUUUCUGUCUCUUGGGCAAUGGGGCCACAUGCGUUUUCCUUGUUUGGCAACUCUCCCUGGGGAACAUACUAGUCAUCUCUUCUAGAAAUUUGAGGGAUGCUUGAUAUCUUGCAAAUGGGUGCCUGGGCACAUUCUUCUCUCUGCAGUUAUCAGUACAUACAUCUUGUUCUCUUCAAGGCAGAUGGGCUUCGCAUUCUUCUCUUCUAUCUUGUCAGCAUAUUCAGUUAAAGAAUCUUCUUGAACCCAGGAACAGAAAAUGUGGUGGCCUCAAGCAGUGCAAGACCCAGGGUUCCAAAUCCUCAGUGGGUCUCACUCUGUGUGUAAAUGCCAGGUCCUGACUUACAUUUGCAUCAGAAAGAUUUCCCUUCCAUGAUAACAGGACUGAGGGCAGAAAACCUCUAAUUCAGAAGAUUUUAAGAGCACAAGAAUAAGAAUGGAAACUGCUUAGGUAGCCUGUCUGAAGUCCUCUCCCCUGUGCACCUCCAAAGGCAGGGCACCUCGUGAGCUGAACAGAGUGCAGCAGAGGGAGCUGCCCCAUGACCGCUGCACUCCUGUGCCCUCCCCUAAAUGCCGAAGAGCCAGCGCAGGCCAGGGACACAGAGACCUUUUAGCCCAGUGACUCAACACAGUUUUCCAUUUCGCUCCGGAGACCCUGGUCUCUCCAGCCUGGUUCUCAUCAAGGAGUUCUGUCUCUGGGCUGCAGCAACUUGUACAGACUGAGGGUUUUAUCUGUUUCCCCUAUCUAGGCUGCUGUUUCCAAGAAAGUAAUUAAACAUAUGAUGAAAAAAUAAAUCUUCAGGUUUUCACAGUACAUUACCCUGCCUUCUGCAUGCAUCUGAAAUGGGACCCCACCCACCACAUAUACAGGAGCAUGGGAGUGACAGGGCUUUCGGACAGCAGUAGUGGCUUCACUGAGAUGCCCCACAGUCCAGAUGCUGGCUCAUGGCCACACUGCUGGCAUUCUCACGAGUCUCUCUGAGAACCUGUGACUGAAAAAAGGGAAUGUAGCAUGACCCAAGUCUUGGGACUGAUCCUAGAAAACAGUGUCCUGAGAGAGCAAUUGUACUGGCUUGCUUUCAGGAGUUAACUAGAAGGUUCAUUUUUAUAUCUUUUUGUUGUCUCUUGAUAUGUGUAGUCAACAAAGGGUCCUCUUUAAAAUCUAAGAUGCUUGGUAAACAGUGAGGAACACUGAAUAGCCUUCUACUAUUUUAAUUUUCUAUCUGCACACCCCACCCCUCACAAACAUUGAUAUAAGCAGCAUUUUAUCAACAUGAUACAGGGAAAUUUCCUCUUAAGUAAAGACUUCCCAUCUCACAUGCCAUUCAGAGAUACAUGGAUGCAGCAGCAGCACAGGUGAGUGGAAGAAAUGGUAGAUGAACCAACCUGACAUUCAGGCAUUGGCCACAUCUUUCCAACCCGCAGUAAGUAGUGAAGGACUGUGGCUCCGUCAGAUCCUCUGUCCCCAUCACCGCUUCGGCCUCCACUUUAAGGUGCUGAGUUGUAAGGCUCCUUCAUGGUCAGUUCCUCAUCACCAAAGCACUAUUUUCCAAGAGGACUGAGUAUUUUGUAUGUCUUGGCCUUGUGUUUGCCCAUUAAAUUCCCAAGUUGUUCUUGGUCAGUGUGAUUCUUGACCUCUCUGAGCAAUCUGUCUACAUCUCAUGGAGAAUUAAACAUUUCUUUCAUGAUAUUUACAUGCAUUUAAUUUUUAUCCUUUGCAAACAUAUUGUGCCUUCUUGUUUUCCUGCCUUUCAAGGACAGAAAUUACAAGAGGUGGGCAGGGUACUGUUACCAUGCGUUUUAAAAGCUCUAUGCCAGGAUUUCCACAGCUGGAGCUUGGAGCAUCUCUUCUCCCUACACCAGGUUCUAGUGCCUUAAACUCUACAAUGUACAGUGGUGGAUGUAAACAGCAAGAAGGAAAAAAAGUAACUGUGUUUCAGCCUAUGGGUCUCCAUCCACCCCACAUAGCCUCCCCUUCACCAGAACAAAUGGGUGUGGGGGUAGAAAGCUUCUGCAGCAGUGAAGGCUUUUCUAGCAGCAUGUUUAACAUGUUACUCUGUUCAACUCUUCAGAUUUAUAAAAACACCAUGGUAAUGACUGUAAAGUACUAUAACUUAUUUGCAUUUGUAAAACAUGUAGUUCAGCUCAGCCUUUUUCUGUUCAUGUUUAGUAUUAGAAUGUGCUCCUGAGGAAAUCUGAGACAUGUAACUAAAUGCAAUCUUUUCUCAAGAGCCCAGGUGACUUUAGACACAGGGUUCCCAAGCAUGUCUGCUUUCCUGUGCACUACAUGUAUAUCAAGCAAGAUUUCAAUGAAGUUUUUUUUUCCAUGUUACUUGGUUUGUAAAUGAAUAAACAGACAUUUUAA